GAGAGCGUUCGAGGCGGUGGACCAAAACAAGCGAUGCUCAAGCUGAACGGACGCUCGCGUCCCUUGGCCGGUUGUCGCUUCGCGGGAGAGGAAGGCGAGGAGGAGGAGGAGGCGCGCACGAUCGACUCGCCCCCGUUCCCGGCUCGCCGUCCCUUCUUCCAGGUGGUAUCCCGCGAGACCCACAACGCGAUUCUCCGCGGCGUCUUCUCCCCUUCCUCGGCCACCUGCGCCAGCCGCAGCCGCGGUCGCAUCCGAGCGACGGGGACGAGCAUGUAGGCGUCCCAGUCGUCCCCGCAUCUCGACCGCCACGUCGGGGAUGUCGGCGCGGCCGCGCGCGAGCACCACCACCACCGCCAGCACUGUCGACGGCCGCGAGCGGCGCAGCAGCUCCACGUACGUAGCGACUCGCAGCCCUGGGAGAUGUCUUGCAGCGAUGGCGCGCGCCCGACACGUAAAUUCGGCAGCAAGUCGCCGAAGAAGCUGUGCGUGACCAAGAGCGAGAACGGCGACAAGACGACGACGACCAUCAGCCACUGCGCCGGGCACCGUCACAAUCACCACUACCAUCACAGCCACCACCGCUUCCUGGACGGCGCGACCCAGCCGUCGGUGCACAAGCGCAAUCUCUACAUCGUCUCCUUCCCACUGAUACUGCUGUUCAACGUGCUGCGCACGCUCCUCUAUCAGCUGUUCGUCGUGUUCAAGUACCUCUACGCCUCCACGUCGCAGCUCAUCCAGCGCAGGCAGGCGUCCAAGCAGGCCUGCCAGCUGGAGAUCGUCGUAGGGCAGGAGCCGACGGAUGGGCGUCUCAUCAACGCCAGUCGGAUUGAGAGCGAGGCAAUGUCGCAAGUGCCUAGACGUCCCAUCGGGCCUGGUCCCGGGGACCCUUUGCUGGCCAAGCAAAAGCAUCAUCAUCGCCGAGCGUUUGAGUUUAUUAGCAAAGCGCUCAAGAUCGACGAGGAUAACGAAGGGCAGAAGGAAAUGGCGAUAGAGUUGUAUAAGAAGGGCAUCGGAGAGCUGGAGAAGGGAAUAGCUGUGGAGUGCACUGGCGGACACGGCGAGGUAUGGGAGCACGCGCAGAGACUCCACGACAAGAUGUGCACGAACCUGUCGAUGGCGAAGGACAGGCUCGACUUCCUCGUGAGUGUGCGUGAGCUGCGAAAGCUGGGUAUCAACGAUAGUAUCAACAAUCGCGCACCUGGAAAUAAAACGGACGGCGAACAUCCGGGAAAGCAUCUGAGGGCUCGCCGCAACGCGCACACUUUUCAAACCGCUCGAACUUCAUCCAACAUUAAUCACAAUAAGAACACAAACAAUAUACACACGACAGUUAACGCCGGACAGACUAUGUGUACCCAGAUUCCCAAGUUACGGCCACGUUCACCAAAAAACUGUUUCGCUCAUACUACUGAAGCAUCCGGCAGAAAACUAUCGGUUCCUGGCAAGCGACUGACAGGAACACCCCUGAGCAAGAGCCAGACCUUACCACGAAGUAUGGGCAGAUCGACGCCUAUUCAGCCUUGCCACAGAACCAUGCCUAUCAAACCGUCCUCCACACCACCCUCCGUGAAAAGGCAGCUGUCUGUACCUGGCAACGGCUCGCCUAUAAGACGUCCAGGAACACCGACUGCCACGAACAGCAACAGAAGCACCCCAACCAGAAAGGUGCCCAUUUUAAAGGGCGUGGAUCCAAAACUCGCGCAAGUGAUCCUCGACGAGAUCCUGGAAGGAGGAGCGCCGGUGCAAUGGGAGGACAUCGCCGGCCAGGAGACCGCGAAGCAGGCUUUGCAGGAGAUGGUAAUCCUACCGUCGCUACGACCUGAGCUGUUCACCGGUCUGCGAACACCCGCGAGAGGAUUGUUGUUGUUCGGGCCGCCGGGAAACGGGAAGACACUGCUGGCGCGUGCCGUUGCGACUCAGUGCAACGCAACGUUCUUUUCAAUCUCCGCCGCUAGCCUCACAUCGAAAUACGUCGGAGAGGGUGAGAAGUUAGUGAGGGCUCUGUUCGCUAUCGCGCGGGAGUUUCAGCCCUCUGUUAUUUUCAUUGACGAGGUGGAUUCGUUGUUGAGCGAGCGGAAGGAUAACGAACACGAAGCUUCGAGGAGGCUAAAAACAGAAUUCUUAGUCGAGUUUGACGGUCUGCCGUGCAACCCAGAAGAAAGGGUGCUCGUAAUGGCUGCCACAAACAGACCGCAGGAAUUAGACGAGGCUGCAUUGAGGCGAUUCACGAAACGCGUAUACGUCACGUUGCCCGACGUACAGACGAGGAUUGUGCUACUGCGAAGGCUCUUGGCCAAACAUAAUGAUCCAUUGACGCCGGAGGAGUUGAACGAGAUGGCACUUUUGACAGAGGGAUAUUCGGGAAGCGAUUUAACUGGAUUAGCGAAAGACGCAGCGCUUGGGCCUAUCAGAGAACUGAAUCCAGAUCAGGUGAAAGAAUUGGACCUCAAUUCCGUUCGUAAUAUCACAAUGCAAGAUUUCCGUGACUCCCUAAAGAGAAUUCGCAGAUCCGUCUCGCCGGCGAGUUUAGCUGCCUAUGAGAAAUGGAACUUCGAAUACGGAGACGUGAGUCUUUGAUUUGGGAUCAAGCCGCUCGAGCGAGAGGCUCCAGAAAUAAUUGCGUUUCAAUGAAAUUGAAUCCUCAAACUAAACGGGACGAGAAGCGUUCCAAAGUAUCGUAACCAUGUAAUCCCGAGUGUCAGCGCAACAGUGCAGUUCUUGUAUUUGUAUCCUAUCGUACGAACAAUAUUGAUGUCUACGAGAGAGACCAGUGAAAAGUUAAUGAAGGUAUUGUCCUUCGAAUCCCUAACGUAUUUUCGUCUUGGUGAUGAAAGGUCGACAUACUCACUUAUCGUUAUCGCAUUAAACUUAGCGUAAUUUAGCAAUAUUUUGUGACAAAUGGUACUUGCGCUUUCUGGUUCAAAUAAUUUAAUGUAUCUUAAAAAUAUGCUUUGCAUUGACUUUAUAUGAUGUGCCCCGUGUGUUACAUCCGGUGAGAUCGGAGAUUCGCAAACAGUUCACUACAUAGCUUUAAUGUUGCCAGUUCGAUAUUUAAAAAGCGCGUCUUUAUAUUUAUUUAUAUUUAUUUAUUAAUUAUCCUUACGAUCUACAGUUCCUUUGCAUUUGAAAUCUACGACACAGUGCUGCUUGUUACGAAUUUGCAUUUAAUAUCAGGAUGUCGAUUAUAUAUUGCCGCGUUAGACAUUUGAAAAUGUGCAUUAAAAAAUUAAAUACGUGUGUGAUUAAGCACAUAGUUUCUGCAGUUAGAGGAGAUACAUCUUUUUAAAGCUGUAAAUACUUUUAAUUAUUAUUGUUUAUGAAAUGGACACGAGCAAGUUGACUACAACCCGUAUGACCCGACUCGUUAUUGCAGCAGUAGAAAGACUGCAUUUGCAAACGAAACAGUGCACGUCCAAUCAGAUAAUAAAAAAAAAGAUCUAUCAAUGACAUAUAAGAAGACAUAGUAGAAUGUACUUACACAAAUAUGCAAACUAGUAUCUCGCGUGAAAUCCAACGGGAAUAGUAAAUCUAUAGUAAACCUUAUUUUACGCGCGUCGAUUUGUACGAAUUGCAGAAACAGGCGUGCAAUCUUCAAGUGAAGUUUCGAAUGUUAAUCUUGUUACGUUUGAUACGAUUUCGAAGAUUCGUUUGAUAUUUAUUGAUGUACUAAUGCGUUAGGAAUAUGCGGCCAUUACGAUGCAAGGAACUACGUGGAAAGAGAAAAACAAAAGAGCUAGUGCGAGACAGGAGGAUAACGUAAGAUUCUGUUUUAAUACAAAAUUCUAUAAGACAACGAACUGAGAAUCUAAUCUGUGCUAUUUGAAAUCCUAAGUACUUAUCUGUAAGGAUUACGCAUAAGCUCGACAAACGUUGUUAUCUUAUACAUAAAAAAAUGAGAGAAAUCUGCAUAUAUAUAUACACACAUAUAACAUAUACGGAUAUGAUUUUUAUGACAUUUAUCUAUUGCUUCCAAUGCUCAAAAGUAGAAUAAUUAUGCAUGUAUAACGUACCAAACAAAUUACUAUAUUCAACACGGAACUAUAUUAUAAUACGCUGCAAUUACAAUGUAACACAUAUUUAUUAAUCUUUCCGAAUCAAUAGCGAUCAUCCGUGAUAUAGCGAUAGAGUAACGUCCCUAGUAGGUCUGUAGAAUCAGAUUUACCGUAACAGACGCAAUUCAUUAGACGGCGAAUGAUUUUCCAAUAAGUUUUAUGCAUACAAUUCUCCUCUGACACAGCGGAAGAAUAGAAAAUGUUAUUUGCAAGUGAAAUUGAUAGUUAUUUAGUAACAGACCUCUCUACGUAUGAAUAGAAUACGAGAUGCGUUCGUUAACUAGAUAUUCCAUGAUAGAUAAAGCGUAAGAGGUAAAAAAAAUGUAACUUUUAUCGCGCGACGCGAUGCGACGCGUAAAUCUGACAUUUCGAGAUUCGCACUUGUAAUUAUAAAAAUCGUGUGAUGCUAAACAGCAUUCAAGAGCUGUGAUGUUACGACGACAAACUUGAUACUUUCGCGUCGCUUUAAUGCGUAUUCAAAUGCACAAGAAUGCGAUAUAUAAAUGUUCUCGUGAAUCAUAAUUCUGGGUCUAUCUGGAAAAUUGCGACUUUGUUAAUUUUUCUAGACGGGAGCGUACGAUGCCGCGAUGAGGGUUGGAUUUGUUUCUUACUGUGUUCUCUUUUUUUUUAACGCGUUAACAUGAACGGAGCUUCGGCGUCGACAUGAUUCUGACUCGAUAGGUUUUAUCUCCAUAUUACUUUGUGAUAUUAGUUUUUAUAUUAAUCUUUGCGCACUGCCUACGUAGAUUGUAACAUUGUGUGUUGUAUUAUAUAUGAUAUUGCAAAAUAUGAAUUAUGUUGUACUAGUUUUGAAGUUCAUAAUGAUUUUGCACAACAAAUUGUUUCGCAUAUGACGAUGGAUUAUUCAAAGACCCUGGCCUUCUAUUGUGGAACACGCUGAGCCUUGAUUAAGUUAUUUUGCUACUUUUAUAACAUAUAACGGUAAAAAAAUUGAGUAAGAAUAAUAACCGGGUGUAAUAUUGACGCUAAAUAUUAUACCCAAUACCAUUUAAUCUAACGGUAAACACAUGAGCUGCGAGUUAAAAAAAGAAACUGUACAUGUUUACGAGAGAAUUUCCCCCUUUAAGUAUUGUUUUGCCGUAGUUUCGGCUUACUGGUGACUUUCGAGAUACACGGCCCAUCAAUUAAUAUUGUAUUUUCCCGUGUCAAAUUGAUCAAAUAGCUCAUGAUUUUCAUUAACUUGUAACUAAUCUGUUCCAAGGGAGAGAGAGAGAGGUGUGUGACCCGUGUACAUACAGCAGUAUUAUAGAGUAUUUUCAUCCACGUUAUAAAUUACACGUUAGAUUACCACGUGAAAUUUUUAUCAAGUAUUCUUCGGUAGCGUAUACUAUUCUACCGUAAGUUCUUUCGUAAGUUCGCGAAGGUAGAUAGAGAAAUGACUCUUGUAGAAAAACACGAAGGAAUGUAUUCUGUAAAAGUGCUGUGUAACGCUGUAUCUCUGUGUGGGGUAAGAGGAAAAGGAUUGGAAUGUAUAAAAUGAAAACCUUGUCACCGAAUACAGGUACUAAAGUACAACAUAUCUUUUCCCGCACCAUCAAUUAGUACAGGGCGUGAAAUGCUCUCGCCGUUUCUGCCUACAUACGCAUCUCUGCUCUUCGACAUUUGUCCACAUUCGCGAACACACGAAUGACAAAAGGUAUCUUUGUACUGUGGUAAUCAACGUCCGGCAGAAUAAUUAUUACAUAUCUAUAUUUAAUAGAUGUUCACCGAAGUAACUCGAUUAGAUCCUAAUGUAAGAAUAGCACGGCAGAAUUGUACAAAACUGUAAAACAUUCCGACGAUGUUCCAUCAGCGUGUGGUUGGUCGGAGAGUGCGUUAAUGAAACAUGUAAUAAAUGUGCGUACGAAUUA